GAAUACGGCGGGUGACGUAACCACCGUCACAUGAUCGGAUGACGCCAUAAGCCUGCACCGUAACUAGCGGAGUGACCUUCUGUGCGACCGCCACAACGCGUCGGUGUCUCGCAGUGGAGAGGAACCACGAAGGAGCCAUUUCAACUGAGCACAGUUAAGCUGACAAUGGGCGACGUGGCUAAAGGCAAGAAGGUGUUCGUGCAGAAGUGCGCGCAGUGCCACACCGUGGAGGAGGGGGGCAAGCACAAGGUGGGGCCCAACCUCUGGGGUCUGUUCGGCCGCAAGACGGGCCAGGCGGACGGCUUCUCGUACACGGACGCCAACAAGAGCAAAGGAAUCGUGUGGGGCGAGGACACCUUGAUGGUGUACCUGGAGAACCCCAAGAAGUACAUCCCGGGCACCAAAAUGAUCUUCGCCGGCAUCAAGAAGAAGGGCGAGCGCCAGGACCUGAUAGCUUACCUCAAAUCGGCCACAUCAUGAAGUGCACGUCCGUGUAUUUAACAUUUUAUUUUGGUUUUACUCCUUCAAAUUCACACGCUAAAAACGUCACGUGUUGAGUCAUUUGAACACAUGCUGACGAGAGGCACAGACGUGUGUGACUUCUUGUUGGCUCUCGAGCAUGUGGCCAAAGCAGUAUUUGGAAAUAGACAUUUAUAAACAUACUCAAAUCAUUUCGUAGUUGGUCCUCAACAUCAUCUCUGUAGAGUUACCAACAAUUAUUUUUCUCGUGUUUCGAUUUUAAAAAAAAUGUCCUGUUGUUGUUUAAAAAAAACAAAAAGCAGCAGCCCCUCCUCUCCGCCACGGUUCAAAAUCAUUCAAAAUGAGGUGCACUGAAACGGAGAAAUGAAAAUAUACAAAACGUGCACGCACGUAGAAGGAAGAAGGCUGUAUUGUUAUUUACCUGGUUUCACAGGCCGGAAAGAGUUUUAACUUAUUUUACUGCCACAUACGUGACCGUCUGUCUGUCAAAUGUUCCCGAGUGGCUGCUGAACACGCAACGGAAUACUGUAUGUACAUGGAAAUAACCGUGUUGUCGUACGUGGUCGUCAUGUCGACAACAACACGGCUGAAGGAUUAUCUAUUAAACACAAAAACGUCCACAAAUAAGAA